AUGUCUGAAGCUCCAGAUGGAGCCGACCUCCAGUCUGCGGUGGUUUCCUCAGGUGACGUGACGGAGCUGCCGGACCAAGAAAAGGCGAAGGAUCCGGAUGGUAACUCCAACGUAGAUGAUGGAGUGGACUCCAGCUCAUCCUCUUCCUCCUCUUCCUCUUCUUCAUCCUCUUCUUCAUCCAGUAGCUCCUCUGACAGUGAUAGUGAGGACUCCAGUUCUUCCUCUUCAUCGUCUUCUUCUGAUAGUGACGAUGACAAGAAGAAGAAAAAGAAGAAGAAAGACAAGAAAAAGGAUUCUAGCUCCUCCUCUGAUAGUGACAAGAAGAAGAAAAAGAAGAAGGACAAGAAGAAGGAUGAGGAGAAGGAACCCUGUAGUUCUUCAGCAGCGGGUGGGGAGAUUCCAGAACCAAUCUGUGAUGGAGAUGAGAGAAAAGUUGAGGGAGACAAGGUCAUGGAGGUUGAGGAGGGACAGCUCCCCUUCACACUGGCUGGGGGGGUGAAGGCGUCCCCAGACUGCAUUGAAGAGGGCCACCUGAGCGACGAUGAGGGGGAAGGAGAAGAGGGCAAGAAAGAGAAGAAGAAAAAGCUGAAGAAGAAGAAGGACAAAAAGGAUUCAAGCUCCUCUUCCUCAGACAGUGAAGAUGACAAGAAAAAGAAAAAGAAGAAAAAGAAAAAGAAGGAUUCAAGCUCGUCUUCGUCUUCCGAUAGUGAGGAAGACAAGAAGAAGAAGAAGAAAAAGGCAAAGAAGAAGAAGGAUAAGGAUUCAAGCUCCUCUUCCUUUUCUGAUAGCGAGGAAGACAAGAAGAAGAAGAAGAAGAAAAAGGAUUCAAGCUCGUCUUCGUCUUCUGAUAGCGAGGAAGACAAGAAGAAGAAGAAGAAAAAGGCAAAGAAGAAGAAGGAUAAGGAUUCAAGCUCCUCUUCCUCUUCUGAUAGUGAGGAAGACAAGAAGAAGAAGAAGAAGAAAAAGGCAAAGAAGAAGAAGGACAAGGAUUCAAGCUCGUCUUCGUCUUCUGAUAGCGAGGAAGACAAGAAGAAGAAGAAGAAAAAGGCAAAGAAGAAGAAGGAUAAGGAUUCUUCUUCCAGUGAUUCUUCUGGAGAGGAUAAGAAGAAGAAGAAGAAGAAGAAGAAGGAUAAGAAGAAGAAGAAAGACAAGAAAAAAGAGAUCUCUGACGGUCAGCUGAGCAGCGAUCCAAAGACGGAGAGCUCAUCCAGCGGGGAUCCUCCUCCCUCUACAGGCGACGGCUCCAAGCCGAGCGGAGCUCAGAGCCUCUUCGGCACAUCCGUCCCUCCCAAACCUGAAGGCCAGCUGGAUCCGGCGAAACCCUCCGAGUCCUUGCCGAGCGCCGGGGUCAAAGCGUCCGUCAGCAGCCCCAUGGAGUCUCUGAUGGGGAGCACAAGGGUCAGAGACGGAGGCCCCCGCACUACCACGCUCAGCGCAGCCGAGUUAAUCAGAGGACCAAGAGUCUACAGACCUGCUAAUGUCGUUCCCAAAAAACCUUUCUGAGUAAAGAAAAAUGCAAAAGCCUAAAGUUUGAGUCGUGAGAGGGUUUGGGUUUGUGUUUGGAUUCAGUCACCAUGAGGGAUGAUGUGUGCCUGCUUUCCUGGGGAUCAGAGGCUGGAUGUUUACACAUGUGGUUCAGUGGAGUUAAAAUCACAAACAUCAAAUAAUAUCUAACAGUGAAACAAAUAAAGCAGUUUGAUUUUA